UGACUGGUACUGUAUAUUUCUUAUAUAUUUUCCCCUAACCCAUUCCUUUUUUGUUAUGUUUACCUGCCUACAAGACACAAUGUAGUGUGCGUAGAUUAGUUUUAUGUCAGUUUUGCCUGUUAAACUAUCUGCUUAGCUACGUUAUUAUGAUUCACAUAUAGCAAGCUGAUAGUUAUGAAGUAAAACGUUUUCUUUGUGUAUAUCUUGUUUAAUCUCUAUUGUUGGCUUUGUCCUGGCUGGAAGAAGGUUCAGUGAAUGGAAGCAGCGUAAGGUAAUACAGUAGGGGGAGUGUGAGUGCUUUUCAAAUAUAAUGGUUUAUGCGUUCUCCACACUCUUGUCCUCACAAGAACGUACUCAAGAGAACGUCCUCGGAGAAUGCACUUGGAGCAUGAGAGUGUGACGCGCAGUGGUAUCCUGGCAGCUGGCGAGCACAGCUUCCCUUUUCAAUUUCUCAUUCCAGUGGCUGCCCCGACCUCCUUUGAAGGGCCCUUUGGGAAGAUUGUUUACCGUGUGAGAACCGUCAUAGACACACCUCGCUUCUCCAAGGACUACAAGGCCCAGAGGCCCUUCUACCUACUCAACCUGCUCAACCUCAACCAAGUGCCCGACAUUGAGCAACCCAGUUAUGCUGUGACCACUAAGAAGUUCAGCUACCUCCUGGUGAAGACGGGCACCCUCAUGCUGAAGGCUUGCAGUGACCAGAGAGGAUACACACCAGGCCAGAUCAUCAGACUAGCCACUGAGAUCCACAACAAGUCAGGCAAGGACACAGGUUGUGUGCUGGCCAGCCUCAUACAGAAAGUGACUUAUAAGACCAAACGGGCUGUGUUCGACCUGCGGACCAUAGCAGAGGUAGAGGGGGCGGGAGUGAAGGCGGGGAAACACGCUGAGUGGCGGGAGCAAAUCAUCGUACCGCCCCUCCCCCAGUCUGCCCUGGCCGGCUGCAGCCUUAUAGAGAUCGAUUACUUCAUCCAGGUAUCACUAAAGUCCCCAGAGACAGUUGUCACUUUACCCAUCUACAUCGGGAACAUCGCUGUCAACUUGAUCCCGUCACGACCUAUGCCCUCAACUCCAGCCCCAACAACCAUCAGCCCCAACACCGGUCCAGGAGGGGUUACCCCGAGCGCACCCCCGGCUGAGGAGGACUUGGAGGAGGUGUUGGGUGCAGGGGGUUCAGUCAGCGAGGAGAUCCCCACAAAGAGUCACUCCCAGCAGGACCAAUCUGGCCAGCCCCCCACCAUGUCCCCCAGUGCAUUCAGCUACGCUCCCGGUGUAGCUUCCCCCAACAGCCAGCAACCUGCCGAUGACACCUCGGCGCAUCUGUUCUGUGUGUCUACUGGGGCCACCAUCCCCUUCUUCACAGAGGGAAACGCCACCCCAGUACCCACGUCCUGUCCUCUCAUACUCCCCCCUGAGUACAGCACCUGGGACUACCCACAUGAGCCCCCUCCCACAUAUGAGGAGAGCUGCAGCAGCAACAACUCCAGCUUCAACAACAGCAGGCCUUAGAGGAGUGGGGACUGAGCAUAAUGGAGCUCACAACCACAAUUACACUCCCAAAAGGACAAAUAGGAUACUGCAACCCUUUCUCCAAGUGGACAGAACAUGCUCUCCUCCUAAGUAUUACUUUAAAAUAUAUAUUUUUAAAGGGAUCAUAUCAGAUUUUAUAUUAUAGUUACAUCUACCCUUCUCCCUGAUUUAAAGGACCUGAUGUUAUAUAGAUAGAAUGAGAGUGCAAAUUCCCUGUGCCUAAUAGGAGCACAUCAGAGACAACUUAUAGUAGGUAUGAUAUUCCAUAAUUGGAGUCUAUUAGAGACUAAACGUAGUGGGUAAUACAAAUUGUGAAUAUUCUUGCAUUGUGAUGACUUGAAAUUGUUGUAGGCCUGCUUUUGUGUCUCCUUUUUCAUCCUUCAAACACAACCAAGAUCUGGCCUUUAUUGUAGUUUCUUUCCAAAUGUGCACACUACUGUAAUUUCGAACCACUUCCACCGCAGUGGCUCCCUCUUUUGAUGAGUAGAGUAGGGGUGGCCUAGCUGGACAUGAGGGCCUAAGCAUGUCUACCCCCUGGUGGCCAUCAACGGAAGAGAAUGGAGCCUAUUGGAAAAGCUUCAGACCACUAAAGGAUUGGAGUUCAAUGAUGCCUGCUGAGGAAGGACAUAUUCCAUCAACCUGUGAUCUACUGACAAGGGGCUUCUGGAAUGUGCAUCUUAUCUUGUCACACCUCAUCAUCUUGAAACAGACAAGCGGGACAAUGUACUCUUGGGUGUGUAGGGGAACUGACGUAGCAAGGUUUGAUAUGCAUUUAUGACAUCUGAUGCAAACAGCAACUUUUCUUUCACCUUUUUUACCCUGGCACAUUUUUUACCCUGGAUAAAUGGAGAUGAUCUGUUGAUUUUCCAUAUGUGGCCUUAACUCCUUUUGUUCUACCUACAUUAGUAUGUGGUGAUGAAGACAGUUGUCUUCAGGGUUUCUGUUGCUUUUGAAAUGGCAGUCAAUGCAGAUAAAAAAUAUGUUGGUGUGAAAACCAACAGCGUUAAAUGUUCAAGCACAAGACAGCACUUUUUGACAGUUUGAAAACUGUGCAUGUAUAUGUUUUUGUUUGUGAAUGUGUAUGUAGUUGUACCAGUUUGUGUGUGAAUGUGUAUGUAGUUGUACCAGUUUGUGUGUGGCUGAUUGCCCCUCCUGUCUUUGGUAGUUGAUAGCGUUGGACAUCUCAGUUUGAGAGCCAGACAUCAGGCAACAUCAUCCACUCUGUGUUUGUAUGAGUGUUUGUUUUGUAUGUCUGUCUUGUUUCCGUCUCAAUUACAGCAUCCUUUUUUAUGUAUAGGCCAACCUCAUUGUGGCUUAUGUUUCGUACAACUCUGUGAAUACAACCUUUAGCACCUGCUGUGGGAAUACAUGUAACGCAAUUCCUCCUCAAAUGGUAGCCAAUAGUACAGUCACAGCCUUUAAUACCAGAAAAUAAAUUGCAGAUUAUAUUGGGAAUUGAUCUGCGGUUCAGACCACUGCUCUAUACUAAUAAGGUAUCAGAUCUGAAAGAACCAUAGAAAUUACACCUCUACUGUACAUUUGAGUCAUUUAGCAGACGCUCUUAUCCAGAGCGACUUACAGUUAGUGAGUGCAUACAUUUUCAUACUGGCCCCCAUGGGAAUCGAACCUACAACCCUGGCGUUGCAAGCGCCAUGCUCUACCAACUGAGCUACAAGAUUGCUAUGGCAGCUUGGUUCUCGAGUCAUUUCAUGCUGCCUUUAUCAAUCCUGCCCCAUUGUUUGUAUUUCUCUUUACGAAAGUACUAUAGCUUUAUAAACUCCUACAUGUUUUUCAUUGUACUUUCUUUUCCCCUCACAAAUGGGUGUGUGGUUUCGUAUUUUUCUAUUUGUAAAGAGAUUUCUGGUGCAUAUGGUAGCCAUUUGAGAGAGAAAAAAUAUUCUGAAAAAUAGUAGCAUCCUGGUCAAUCAAUGUAAAAAUUAAACUUGUUAUAAAUCCAAAUUGUACAGUAUACCAAUAAAAUGAUCAUCUGCCA